CCGUAUGAAGCUGAUUUAGUUGCUGCCAUGCCUCCACAUCUGCUAGAUCAUCAGGCGCAGUGGCGUUCUAGGGUCCCCCUGAUCUGUUUUGAGGUCGUCGAGGGUCACCUACCAUAUUGAGUCAUGCGACAGUUUGGACUACGACAGACUGUCCCCCAGCAGUGUGACACUAGUGCCCGGCUGCACCGCAUUGACCGUCGGGGAAAGAGCGACAGGAACUGGCGGACAGAACAUGCCCAGUACAUUGACUUGUGGCAUCGACGGUUGGAGUUCGUCGUCACUGGUGACCCCAUCCACGGCGUUAUGGAUCCAUACGAUCCAUACAUGGAGUGGUACAUGCGGAUUACACGGCGUUUCAUCAACCCCAGCUACACACCGCCAUCCGCACAUUACCAUCCAUCCUUUGACGUGAUCAGGGGAUAUGCGUUGGAUAUGACGGCGAUGGUUGACGCACUGUCGGACGUCCUUCCAGGCAUACCUGAGCCGCCCAGAGCACAGGUCGAGCGGGUGUGAGAUAUGGGCAUGGCUACCUUGCAGAGAUAUGGUCACGCCUAUCUCGUCCACCCCCGGGACGAUCAUGGCGGCCACUCUAGUCACUCACAGUUCGAGGCUGGCCAGAGUAGCUGUGGGGGUGAUCCUUCGUCAUUCACGGGCGCAGAGGAGUACGACAUUCGCAGUUCCGCGCCCCUACGUCAUCCUGAUGACCCAUCUUCCAGCCAGCUGACUCCGCUAGUACGCCCGAACCCAUUUACCGCGGUCCGUCACUACAGCCGUCGUCAAAGGCCGAGAGUGGACAUACAGGAUAGAGAGCCGUUACACCAAAUUGAUGAGUCAGAAUAGGAUAGAAUUAUCUGAUUUAUUUGAUGUAAUGACCUUCUCUAGUUUGUUGUACAUAACACUUACAUUACAUUAUUAUUUGAAUAAUUAUUUGAAUGAAUUUAUGUCUUGUUUGAAUUUCAAAUUCCUUAUUUGUCCACGUUUGACUCAUUUCGUUCAAAAUAAAUUGUGGAUGUGGAGGUGGUGGAUGUGGAGGAGGAUGGGUGGUGGAUGUGGAGGAGGAGGGUGGUGGAGGU